CCCGAGCGAGCUGUGCGGCGGCGGUGAGUCCCGCUCGGGGGACGAGAGGCCGGCGCAGCUGUCAGCGGCCACCCCUCCACCUUCCCCUCGGCCUGGGCAGGGGUCGCAGCUGCGAGCCGGCCUGGGUCCUGCACGAGCCGCACCGCUGCGGAGCCCGGGGUUCCCCUCUGUUCCUGCCCCGCUCAGCGCCGACUGUGCGCUCCCGGCCGCGACCCCGCACGCGUCUCCCCCAUGAGCAUCGGGAGAAUCAACCGGAGGAGGGAUUCGCACUGAGUUAGCCCCGGAGCCGCGUCAGCCCCUGGAGGCCUCUGCCUCCGUUAGUGCAUUUUGUGUUCCCAGCAGCUCGUUGUUUCUCUGUGGCAGCAACUUCUGCGAGACGAGACUCUGAGGUUCUCCCUGAAUCAGUUCCAAAGAGGGUCAACCUGAAAACCGGCCCGGAAUGGCCACAGUCCCGGCCCCCGAGGGACCGCAAGGACCUGCACCCGUGAAGGCGGAAGGGCACGGCUGGGGCUGGAGCUCCGCGGCUCGGAUGCCCGCGCUGCACCGGCGGGAGCUCUGCAGGCACCUCUUCCGGAAGCUCUGCUACCGGGACGCGCCGGGGCCCCGGGAAGCCCUGACCCGGCUCCGCGAGCUCUGCCGGCUGUGGCUGCGGCCAGAACACCACACGAAGGAGCAGAUUUUGGACCUGCUGGUGCUGGAGCAGUUCCUGAGCAUCCUGCCCGGGGACCUGCGAGUGUGGGUGCAGGGGCACCAUCCCGAGACUGGGGAGCAGGCCGUGACGGUGCUGGAGGAUCUGGAGAGGGAGCUCGAUGAACCCCCGGAGCCGGUGGCAAGGGAGUGGCCGUCAGAGGUCCCAGACAAGUCAGAAAGACAGGACACACUUCUGGACAAGUUGGCCCCCUGGGAACAGCCACAUGAGCCUCUGGCUGUCCAGCUCUACCCCGAGAAGAUCCAGCAGGAACCCCAAAGGAAAGGUGAUAAAACCAGGACUGAGAAUGAAGAGUUGUCCCAAAAGGAGGAUAUGACAAAGGACAUGGAAUUCCUUGGGAAGGUAAAUAAUAGACUGAAAAAAGGCCUUCCUCAACAUCCUGAAUCCAAAAAUGCGACUGAAAGAGAGGGCAGGUUAGAGAGGUGGCCGAGGGAAAGAAGACCCUAUAAGUGUGAUGACUGUGGGAAGAGUUUUCGUCACAGCUCAGCCCUUAGCAAGCACAGGAGAACUCACACUGGAGAGAAACCCUAUAAAUGUAACGAAUGUGGAAAAGCAUUCAAUCAACGCUCACAUCUCAUCGGACAUCACAGAGUGCAUACUGGAGUGAAACCCUAUAAAUGUGAAGAAUGUGGGAAAGAUUUUAGUGGACGCUCAGGUCUUAUUCAGCAUCAGAGAAUCCACACAGGUGAAAAGCCCUAUGAAUGUUAUGAGUGCGGGAGGCCUUUUCGGGUAAGUUCAGCCCUUAUUCGACAUCAAAGAAUUCAUGCAGCAAAACUCUACUAAUAAGGGGUCAGUAACAACAGUUCCUUAGCUGUUCAGGCCUAAUUAGGGACCUUAUAAAUAUCCUGAAUGUAGGCAAAGCUUCCAUCAUCGUUAAAACUUCUCUGGUACCACAGAAUUGUGAAUAAAAUUUGCUUUUAUUUCUAAA